CCUACGCCUUCAACUUCAAUUUAUCGAUGAAACUAGUUGUUUUUCAGAAGGUUAAGCCACUAGUGAACAAUCAAUAGAGCCAGACAACCCCUUCGUUACCUAAUUAUUUUAAUACCCUAAAUAUACAAGAAAAAAUGACUGCAAUAGAGUCGCCUGAUUUCAUCGCAAUCAACAACACGUCAUCUCCUAAUGAUGAUUUUGUAACAACCAAAAGUGUAAGAAUAGCAGAAAUGGCCAGAUUAUCAACGCCUAAACCCAUAAUGCACCUAGGAUCAACCACAGAGUUCCAAAGACAAGGAACUGGAAUUCCCAAAACUCCCUACAAGCCUGGAACGGGAUACAAAGCUGGAACUGGGUUCAAACCCACCACUAAUUUUAAACAAAGUUUUGAAAAACCAGGAACUGGAUAUAAACCUGGAACGGGUUUUAGACCAGGGACUGGUGCUGAUGUGGUGAAUAGACCCAUGACGGCGGUGCGAGGGGCUGGCUAUACUUCCCAUGGUAAACCUUUCGACCCUUUGAAUCAAGCUGCGUCGGCCCCAACGCCGCCUCUAGAGUUACAAAAGGAUGACUCUCCUGAACAGAAAAUUCGACAACAGAAAGUUAAAAUUAUGCAAGUGGUGGAAGAGGCCUGUAUCGCAGAAUGCGAAGGUGACUACCGGAAAUCCCUCUCUAAGGCUAAAGAGGCUUCAAAUAAGGAAAGAGUUUUGAUCAAAAUGCAGGAACAGUCAGAUUUGAGUGACUUGUACGAUAUUGACUUAACUUUUGUCGUCUUGUUCACACUUGGUAAUCAAUACGCAGCCAAUGAACUAUAUACAGAAGCACUCAGCACAUAUCAAAUGAUCAUAAAAAAUCGAAUGUUCUCAAAUGCACACCGUUUGAAAAUCAAUAUGGGCAAUAUUUAUUUCAAGCAAGGCCAAUUCCAGAAGGCUGUCAAAAUGUAUCGGAUGGCUUUAGACCAAGUGUCUUCAAGUCAAAAGAAUCUGAGAAUCAAAAUAAUGCACAAUAUUGCAUUAGUUUUUAUAAAAAUGGGUCAAUGGGAAGAAGCAAUUUCAAGUCUGGAAUAUAUAAUGGGUGAACAAGCUUGUCAUCGUGCAGGCUUACACCUGAUUAUUUGUUGCAGAGCUUUGGAAGAUAGAGAUAGGAUGAAAAGUGCGUUUUCAAUGUUGCUUAAUGUUCCUUUGGAAGUGGAAGAUGAUGAAAAAUACAACCUUGAACAGGAUAAUCCAGAAGAUGUACUAAUUGCAAUGACUAUUCAAAACGACGAUUUACAUAAAUACGAAAUAAAAAAAUGCAAAGAUGCUGAAUAUUGCAUUUUGACAGCAGCUAAACUUAUUGCACCUUUAAUUGAAGACACAUUUAGUUUAGGCUAUGACUGGUGCGUAAUGUCGAUCAAAAAUUCAGAAUACGCCCGCCUUGCCUCAAGUCUGGAAAUAAAUAAAGCUGUGAUGUUUCUAAAACAAAACCAACUGAAUGAAGCAAUUGAUACAUUGAAAGCCUUUGAGAAAGACUCAGUUAUUGCAAUCAAUGCUGCAGUUAAUUUGAGUUUUAUUUAUUAUUUGCAAGGAGACAUUGAAAAUGCAACAAAAUACGCUCAAGUUGUUGAAACAAAUCCUACAAAAAGUGCAGACGGUUAUGUAAAUCUGGGAGCAUGUUUAAUGGCAAAAGGGCAGCCGGAAGAUGCCAUUAACGCAUUCAAAAAUGCUUUGGAAUUAGAUCCGACCCAUUUUGAAGCGAUUUACAACCUCGGUUUGGUACUGAAACGACAAUGUCACUACGCGGAAGCCCUUCAGUGUUUUCAGAGAUUUUCCGGCUCACUUGCCCUUCUCCCAAAUGUAGUUUACCAAGUUGCUAAUUUACUCGAAUUGAAGGGUGAUAGUGAAGCCGCUGCUGACAUGUACCAACAAUUACUGGGUCUUGUACCCACCGAUGCUGGUGCGUUGCAAAAAAUGGGCGAGUUGUACGACCACGAUGGAGAUAAACAACAGGCCCAUCACUACCACAUUGAAUCUUUCCGGUACUACCCGGCAAAUUUGUCGGUAAUCAAUUGGUUAGGUUCAUACUACAUUGAAAUGCAAGUAGUGGAAAGAGCCCUCGUGUACUUCGAAAAAGCCGCCCUAAUGCAACCCAACGAACCCAAAUGGAACAUGAUGGUAGCCGGUUGCCAUCGAAGAAGUGGUAACAUGCACCGUGCCUUAACCCUGUACCAAGAAGUCCACCGAAAAUUCCCGGAAAAUGUCGAAUGUUUGCGGUUUUUGGUGCGGUUAUGCAACGACAUGGGGAUGAGGGAGGCUCAGGAUUACAUUCUCGAGUUGAAAAAAAUCGAGAAGACGAAAGAAGUCAGAGAGAGGGUUAAUAGUAGUCGGCCCAGUUCCCGGAGAAGUAACAGUGGAUUAUCGUCGAGGGCCGGAUCCGGAUUUAGUCCAGUUCCCGAACACGGACCACUCACCUCCGCUAACCCGAAUUUAAGGAGUUCGCGGCUGAUUCGAGCACACAACAGUGCGGAAAGUACCGAUUCCGGAUUUGGACAAGCUUUAAUAGAUGCCAGUUAUUCGGAUCCUCUGGGCCCCCAGCCACUUCGGCCAAGGACAGGUGCUGGUAAACCAUUAGAUUUUGAUGAUUUUGCUAACGAUGAAUUAGGAGAUGAUUUAUUACCUGAGUAAUUAAUUAUUGUCUUAUACGUAUGGUAAAAUGUAGUAAAGGAGUGAAAAGAAAUUAUUUUUUCAAUUAUAAAUAGAUGUUUUAUAAAAAUUAAUAAGAAAACAGGUAUUUUGAUUUUAUAAAAAUAAUAUUGAUCACUUGUGAAGUAAUAAAGAUAACACAUCGUUUUUUUUUUGUUUUUUAAAUUGUCAAGUA